ACUCGAACGCUCCCACAAGAGCUGCUACAGUUUAUGUUGGAUCUUUCUUUUCCAUCCCGUUUCCAGACAGAUCCGUCCGCAUCCAACAGGAUGGGUCUUCAGUCAAGGAACAAUGCAGCAGAAAUCUCACUCACAAUCUCACUCAUUACUUUGGUAACCCUGACAUCAUGCUUGCCCCAGGAGAUAGAUUCUCAAACUCCACAUCGGCGCGAAAAGCGACACAUCCUACAGAUGUGCGAACUCGUCGCCGCACACACCAACAGGGGUUGUCUAGACUACAACAACUACGGCUGUUUCUGUGGUCUGGGCAAUGCAGCUAGCGCCCAUGUAGACGGUGUGGACGGAUGUUGCCGAGUUCACGACCGCUGCUACGGUGAAGUAGCCUGCUUCUGGAUGUACCCACAGUUUGUGGGCUACUCUGUGGAAUGUAACAACGCUUCUUGCCAGUGCACUGACUCACCCAUCUUCUCGCCGUGCGCCUACACCACAUGUCAGUGUGACCUGGAGUUGGCGCGAUGCCUGGGCAGAUCAACCUACAACCACGGCUUCAGCAAUUUCGACCGACGAGAGUGCAACAGACCCGUCCGACUUCGCACUCAAAGACGACGCAGACAGACCAAGAAGAAGAGGAAGAAGAAGUGGGCAAAGUCUCUACUGCACAAGCUCAGGAGGAGUUUCUUUUAAUUAACGUCUAUUAAUGUUUAGGUAGAAAUUUGUUUUAGAGACUGUCUGUUAGAUGAUAUCUGCUGAAGCUACGAGAAACAACAUGUUUUACAGGCAAUCUUGAACACAA